UACGACAAGGUUGGUCAUCUUUGAAAUGCUGGUCUUUGUGGUGUUUGCAAGCGUCACUGUAGCUCAUACUGAAGGUUAGUGUUAUGAACACACAAAUAACCCUAAACAUUCAACUUUGGGGAGUAACUCCUCCCGCACAUUUGUGCACAGGAUAGAAAUGAUGCCUCAAAUCAUGCAACUAUUACUUUUCUAAGCAAUAUGCAUGGCAGUCAAUAAAACAUUUUUAACAACUUACUUGCACUGAAAAAGGUUCACAAACAAUAAUGGGGUCCAGAAUGUCAUGGAGACUUUGGGUGUUUUUUUUUUUUUUUUUUGAGCUUGUAAGUAGCUUCAUAACCAAUACAGGUUAUGUAAGUUAUAUAAGUAGUGUUUGCAGGAAACGUGCCACUGUAAACAUGAAAAUGCCAUUACUAAAUGCUCAUAUUGCUGCCAUACUAUAUAGAAAUGUUUUAUGUCUUGUUGUGUGUGAAUGCAUUAUGGAUUUAUGUUUGUUUGUGUUGACCGGCUUUGUUGACUUGCAAACAGAAAAAUCUGAUUUAAUCGAUAAUGUUGGAGCCAUACCCUUCCUGGAUUACAAGCACUUUGCCUCAAAAAUCUUCUUUCCUGAGGCUGGUCCGCUGGCAGCGCUCCUGAUCAGAGACAUUGGGCAGGACUCUGAGCAGACAACUAUAGAUGAGAAAUGUCAGGCCUUUGCUGCGCUGAUCAGAGAUAAGCAGUUUCUCAGUUGUUUCGUGCAUGCAUUAGAGGAACAGAAAAACUUCAGCAUAAGAGACAAAUGUACAGUGGCAUCUCUGUUGACUCUGGCUCUCCAUGGAGACCUGCUUUAUCUUACAGAGGUCAUGGAGGACCUUCUGCAGAGUCUGAUGGACCAGUCCAGCAAUACAAAUCCCAAACUUCUCCUGCGCCGCACAGAGUCCAUAGUGGAGAAGCUUCUUACCAACUGGAUGUCCAUCUGUCUGUACGGCUUCCUCAGGGAAUCAGUAGGACAGCCUCUCUUCCUGUUGGUGUCAGCUUUGACUCAGCAGAUCUCGAAAGGGCCGGUGGAUUCGGUGACAGAGAAAGCUCUGUACACUCUUAGCGAGGACUGGCUUCUCUGCCAAGCGCAGGACUUUGAGGCCUUGGUCAGUAGUUUCUCUUUUACUUUAUCUUUUAUGCAAAUGAGGAAGUGUUUGCAAAAGCAAACAGUUAUGGAAAGUACUAACUUUAGAAAUACCUUUCUGUAACUUGCAAGCCACAUU